AAUGCUUUAUAAUGCAGGCUUCCGCCAAAGAGAGAAGUAUUGUGGACUUUGCAGUAUGAACAAAUAAACAGUCAGUUUUGUGGACCCAGAGGUGAAAAACCUUCCCAAGGGCAGUCACUGGUGUCAGUGGUUAAAAGUCCCAACUGUACAGUGCAGAACUGACAAUCUGAAAUACUGAGACAUGAACUGUUUUGGCUAUAUAAUUUCUGUCCUACUAUGGACGUGCUGUGUUCUCCAGAAGGUAUCCCAGCAGAGGCAAGUUGCAUAUGAUGACUUGAUCAAUCUACUUACUGAGCCAGAGAUUCCAGCAAGUUGUGGUCCUCCACCCGCUAUUGGUAAUGCAUUGCUUCUAGCGAACCCAAGACAGGAAUUCUUAUCAGGUGAAAUUGUGAUAUAUCAGUGCUACAGGCUGUAUGAAAUGGAGGGCACUCCAGCUGCAAAGUGUGAGAAUGGCCGUUGGAGAGGUGUGCCGAGAUGUGUUCAAACUUGUAGAGCUGAUGAAACUGACAUGGACCACAACAAUAUUAAGCUGAGGUGGAUAACUAAGUCAACCUCCAUGAGAGCAUCAGAUUAUUGGAUGGAGUUUGAGUGUAAAAUGGGAUUUCGUAAGCACCCAUUAUCAUCACCAUUUAUGAAACAAUGUGUAAAGGGACCAUGGGUGUACCCUAGAUGUAUAUAAUAGAGUAAGUAUUUCCUGGUUCAGCUAUAGAAAAUUCAUACUUAUUCAAAAGGGUAAUAACCUUCUCCUUGUAUGUUGGUGUGUGACUGAGUUUAAGGUACUUUUAAAAAUCAGAAAGGAAGAAUGAUGGGGCAAAUGGUGAUGAUCCUUACCCUGCCUGCUGCCAUCUCCUGCUACUGGUGAUCAUUUGUGGGCUCUCUGGGAUUUGGAAUCCUCAGAGCUGAAACUUAAGUGACCAGAUUAGGAACUACCAAUCUUCCUUCCUUUAUCCUCUUCUCAGAAGCACAGUUACUACUCAGGUCUCCUAUCUAAUCAUAGCUCACCACCCCUUCUUGAUAACUAAUGAUUUAUAGCCCUGGAAUAACUUAAGAAGUUGUGUCCCAUCUCAAAGUCCCAUCUGAGGGAGGCAUCACAGUACAUCACUCUACCAACCCACCUUUCUACUGGAGACCACUGUAAACCUAUGCAGCCAGAAUUGUGCAUAGAUCUACAGUUCCCAAACUGUGUGCCACAGCAUUUCAGGGUGCCACAGUGAACUCACCUGGGCACCGCAGGAUAUUUUAAAUUUCCAAGGGAAACACAGUGAUAUUCAACCUCUGUUGGACAGUGCACAAACUGCUUGUCUAGUAUCACUGAGUUUCCCUUAAAAUUUAAAAUAUCCCACAGCACUCCUGUGUGAGUUCACUGUUUCUGUUACUGUAAAUCCAUAGUUUCCAAACUGUAUGCCACAAUGCCCCAGGGCAUCGCAGGACACAGUUUGCGAAUUGCAGGGCACUGUGAAAAAAUUACUGAGACACAAAGGGCACUAUGAAACCAGAAAGUUUGGAAACCUCUGGCAUAGAUCUGACUACAUACCUUUCCCAAAAUUGGUUUAUUCCUGCCAGCUCAUAAAUGUCAUCAAUAGUGGCCUCCAUUAGUUUAGUGGAGUUAUGUGUUACUGCAAUUUAUUUAUUAUUCAAAUUUUGCUACUGCCCAUCUCCCCCAAAAGGUAUAGAACCAUCCUUACAGCGUUGUGGCAGAUGGUUUCUAUUUAAAAAGAUCCAUAAUACAUAUGAGAGAGUGCUUGUGUAAUUAUUUCUUCAGCCAUUAAUUAAAUCAAGGCCUUCACUUGUAAAACAAACAGCAUAGAAAUAAUUGCUUUAAAACUUUUAAGAGUGUACUAUGAUGGCAACUGACAAAGCAGGUCAUAUUGUACUGAAAAGAAUUUUAAGGCUGUCAGAUGAUAAUGAAAGAAGCUAUAAUUCAUCAAGAAAAUGUGAGGAUUUGCCACAAUCUGUGUUUGCCACAAUCUGUUUAAUCCAAGUCCUAUAUAAUAUGUAUGUAGAACAUCACAUGAAGGUUUAUCCUAGCUAUAAACUUUCAUUUUUAAAAAGCUGUGUCUUGUUUAAAGGGAAAUAUGUUUUAAAGGCAUCCUGCAUAUGGUUACUCUAAUUACACACUGUUUAAGGUGUUAUAACUUGAUUAAGUUGUUGUAACAUGUUAAUGUUAAUGGAGUUUCAAUAUUGCAUUCCAAAGUUGGUUGUUCUUAAAAGCCCCUUAUAGAACUUAAGUUGAUGAGAGAAAAUGACUUUAUAUUUAAACAUAUGAUGAGCACUAUUAAAAACAGAUCCUAUAGAAGAUUUCUUAUAUUUUAAAUAAAGGGGUUAAAUAAAGGUGUAAAGAUGCCAUAAUAAGAUGAUGUCAGAUGGUUCCAAAAUAAUUAUUAGCUGUAUGAAAAGGAUACUUAAUCUGAAAAUAAAUUUAUUUUAAAAUGAAA